AUGGUGGGGGUGGUGUUCCCCGGGAGGCUCGGGGGCACGUCCGACGCCGUCGUCCCGGCACGGCCCCCGAAUAUUGAAGCUGAUGGGUCAGUCCCCGUGGGCUCGCUGGAAACGGCUCCUGGUGGGGACGUUGGUGCUGGAUGGCUGGAGCUCAGGGCGCCGCCGGAGGAGCAUCUCCUGACGGUGGCUUUCAGGCUGUGGUUCUGCAGGGUCCUCGCUGAAGGAGGGCGGUUGGGAGAGCGGAGCCGCUGCGGGAGGCUGGGACGCGGCCGUCGGCAGGCGGAGGAGAAUCUGGGUCUGCAGAAAGGCACAGAUAAGAAUCGUCGCUUUGAUGUCGGGCAGAAAAGGAACGGGGUGAAUGUGGAAGGAGCAACGCACAAGCAGGUGGUGGACCUGAUCCGCGCCGGGGAGAAGGAGCUGAUCCUGACGGUGCUGUCGGUGCCUCCCCACGAGGCCGACAACCUGGACCCCGGCGACGACUCCUUGGGCCAGUCCUUCUACGACUACACGGAGAAACAGGCCGUGCCCAUCUCCAUCCCCACCUACAAGCACGUGGAGCAGAACGGCGAGAAGUUUGUGGUCUACAACGUUUACAUGGCGGGUCGCCAGCUCUGCUCCAAGCGGUACCGGGAGUUUGCCAUCCUGCACCAGAACCUGAAACGGGAAUUCGCCAACUUCACCUUCCCCCGGCUCCCCGGGAAAUGGCCCUUCUCCCUGUCGGAGCAGCAGCUGGACAGCCGGCGGCGAGGCCUGGAGGAGUACCUGGAGAAAGUGUGUUCCAUACGCGUCAUCGGGGAGAGUGACAUCAUGCAGGAGUUCCUCUCGGAGUCGGACGAGAACUACAACGGGGUCUCGGACGUGGAGCUCCGGGUGGCACUGCCCGAUAUAACCACGGUGACCGUCAGGGUCAAAAAGAACAGCACCACAGACCAGGUCUACCAGGCUGUGGCUGCCAAAGUUGGAAUGGACAGUAUUACCGCAAACUACUUCGCCUUGUUUGAAGUGAUCAAUCACUCCUUUGUGCGCAAACUGGCUCCCAAUGAAUUCCCCCACAAACUCUACGUGCAGAACUACACCUCGGCGGUGCCGGGGACGUGCCUGACCAUCCGAAAAUGGCUCUUCACUACAGAGGAGGAGGUUCUUCUCAACGACAACGACCUGGCGGUCACCUACUUCUUCCAUCAGGCUGUUGAUGAUGUCAAGAAAGGCUACAUCAAAGCGGAGGAGAAGUCCUACCAGUUACAGAAGCUGUGUGAGCAGAGAAAGAUGGUUAUGUAUUUAAACAUGUUACGGACGUGCGAGGGCUACAACGAGAUCAUCUUCCCCCACUGCUCCUGCGACUCGCGGCGGAAGGGACACGUCAUCACAGCCAUCAGCAUUAAGCACUUUAAACUCCACGCCUGCACAGAGGAGGGGCAGCUGGAGAACCAGGUAAUAGCAUUCGAAUGGGACGAGAUGCAGCGGUGGGACACGGACGAAGAGGGAAUGGCCUUUUGUUUCGAAUACGCACGAGGAGAGAAGAAACCCCGAUGGGUUAAAAUCUUCACCCCUUACUUCAACUACAUGCACGAGUGCUUCGAGAGGGUCUUCUGCGAGCUCAAGUGGAGGAAGGAGGUGGAGGAGGAAGCCUCAGACAAGGAUAACAGGAACUGCAGUAAAGACAGUAUGUGCAGCAAGGUAACGGGGCUGCCAGCAGCCAGGCCCUGCGCUCCCUCUGCUGCUCCCCAGUCUCUCCCGCUUCCCCAGCUCCGUAGCGUAGGACACCAUCCUUCCUGGGGGGCUUCUCCUCCUGAAGGAGAAAUCCCCCCCCCUGCUCCUGCUGCUGCUGCUUUUCCCGGGAUAGAGAUGGCUUUGUGCUUAAAGAUCCCUGUUUUUUCCCCCCCCCGCGGGGGUAGAAAGGCCAGGUCCCCCACUUGCUGUUCUCCUGGAUCCUGCUGCAUCCCUGGAGCGAAGCCGAUGGCUGGGAUCGGAGCCAUGGCCCCUUUGCCCCCCCCCCGAGGAGAGGGAGGGGGCACCCCACGGUUCUAACGGGGAAAAACGCUUUUUUGGAAGGACCAGAGCCUGGAUCCUGUGUUCCCCGAGGCUUUUUCUCCUCUCUUUCCCCCCAGCCUCAGAGCAGAGCCCUUUAGGGACCGAGCGAUGCCGUUGGGGGGGCUGCUCCAACAGCAGGGAUUGAGACCCCCCCUCCU